AUGAGGGCGCCCUCUCUCCUCGCCUGCACAGCUGUCUACGCCGUUGCCGCCGCUUCUGCAUCUCAAGCCCGUGAACAUGCCCGUCGCGACGCCACAUUCUCGUCGCCGAACGGCAUGAAGAUGAUGCCUAUGGCAACUGCGGGCUCUCCAUCCGAUCCCUCGAUUAUGACUCUGAUGAAUGAUCAAGAUACGAAGUAUCUCGUGAAUAUUACUCUCGGAGGCUCUGUUUUCACCGUACAGUACGACACGGGUUCAACGGAUCUCGUUCUUAUCCCAGAUAAACCCAUCACAACUACGUCCGUAGUCCAGGGCUCUAAUGUCAGCCAGACCUACGGCACAGGGUUCUAUGCGGGAUCUAUCGCGUUCGCCAAACUCGAGUUUGGCAAUUAUGUUGUUGACUCUCAAGCUUAUCUGAAUGCCACACAGGUCGACGCGUAUGUGACAGCAAACAUUUUGCCAGAAGGGGUCCGCGGAAUCAUGGGUUUCGACGCAGGUGUCGGUACCACCAAUCUUCAGGUCGAGCUAUUCCAAGAGCAUGGGGAUCAGGGGCUGGCUACGGGUCGCACUUUCCUCGGGAAUAUCUUUGCCGCAAGCCCGGACCUGGGAAACUUCACUGUCGUGAUCUUAGGUCGUAGUGACGACGGUGAGAGGGCUGGGGAAGGGUAUUUCGCGAUAGGAGAGUACCCCGACGGACUGAAGGAAUCGUUUUCUAAGGUCAACUACGUGGACUCCACCGGAACGACAGGCGGACACUUCUCCGUCGUCGUGGACGCUGUGUCGGUCAAUGGGAAGGAGUUGCCGCUAAACUCUUCGGUGUCACCCGAAUUUGUUUCGCCCGGCAAAGCGGUUGCAACUCUCGAUACCGGAGCAGGUGCCGGUUUUGUAACCCAGGAUUUCUACGAUGCUAUCUACAGCAGUAUACCUGGAGCUUUCUACAGUGCUGAUGUGUCGGCCUACAUCGUUCCGUGCCUUCCUCCAAGCGGGGCCCCGAACAUCACGAUCUCUAUAGGCGGCCAGGAUAUCUAUAUCAACCCCCUCGAUCUCAUUUCGGUUAAUGAUCUGCGGCCCGAGGGCUACAACCUCACAUUCUGCUCAUCGGCCUUCGCUCUGUUAGACCUAGGAGCAGGCUUCAGCGGUAUGGAUUACCUUUUGGGAGACCCUUUUUUGCGCAACGUGUAUACAUCUUUCUACUACGGCUCGUUCAACGCAUCGGGUUAUCAGGUCAAAGCGCCAGCGGUCAAGUUGGUCCCAGAAACGCAGGAAGUCGACGCGACGUACGCCGACUUCUUGUCCGUCCGCGGUAAGAAACUGGCAUCAUCCCCACCGGAAGCCACCAGAGCGCAGAUCGAGAAGAUCAUCGCCGCGUCCAUGGCCAAUACCACCACCGAUGGUGACGCGUCUAUUGCCGAGGACGUAGCUUCGGCAGUUAGCAGCGACUCGGACGGAAGUUCGUACCAGUCUCUUCUCGACAAGCUCGAUACUUUCGCGCCCAUCGUAUUCGGACUGCUCGGCGCGAUCUUCGUUGCUCUCCUCGGUCUACUGGGAGUAGGCGUCGCGCUGUGCAUCCGGCGUGGCCGUACCGUCGGUGCUGCGCGCUCCGGCAACACUUUCUACUCGCCGGUGCCAGCGCCAGUGCGCUUCAAGGAGCCCGUACCCGAGUACAAGGACGAGGAGCAUGCUCUUUACGGCCAGUGA